AUGAUUAAAAAUGCACAAGUGAUCAAUCUUGUGUUAAGUUGCAUGAAGGUGAUUGUAGGUCUUCAUUAAUGUUCAAUGCAUCAUGAAAUGUUUUGAAGUUGAACCGAUGCAUAGGAGUAAGAAUUGAAUCGAUGCAUAGGAGUAAGAAUUGCAAGAAAGUGUGCUUGAUUCAUGGUGGAAAACAUGUAGAAUGUAGAAGGUAACAAUCGUUCGAGUCUUGGCUGGGCACGAGCUGAGAAGGUAACUCGACUGUCUGCUAUCAAAUGAAAUUGCUCCAAAGUUAUCACUUGCAAUGUCAUUGUGGUAAAUGUAGACUGAAUAACUCUAUACAUUUUCCAGUCAUACAAUGCCAUUGCCAUCCAUUACUCGUCUCAAGAACACAACUUCACAAGGGGGAAAAGUUCAGUCUUUCAUCGCUCACAGGACUUUUGCAUUUGCUACACGCACAACUUUUCAUAACAAGCUUAUUUGCAUGUAUGUCCAGUGCGGGAGUUUGUUCGACGCUCGUAAAGUUUUUGACAACAUGAGAGAACCAGACAGCGUCUCAUGGAAUACAAUUAUUGCAGCAUACAGAAGACAUGGGUAUCCUCAGGAGGCAGUCACACUGUUUCACCAAAUGCAACGAACAGGUUUCCAACCCGAUCAGUUCAUAUUUGCCAGCGUGCUCCCAGCUUGUGCCAAAAUGGGGGCUUUGGAACAGGGUAUGGAUAUCCAUCAAAGGAUAACGGAAGGAGGGUUUUUGUCAGACAUUACAGUUGGAAAUGCUCUGGUAGACAUGUAUGCAAAAUGUGGACGCGUAGACAAGGCACGUGAGUUGUUUGACAGAAUGCCUCAAAGAGAUAUCAUCUCAUGGAAUGCAAUGAUUUCAGGAUACACACAAAAUGGUAUUCUUGACGAGGCAUUAAGGCUUUUCGAAGAAAUGCCUCGUAGAAAUGUGUUGUCAUGGACUGCAAUGAUUGCAGGUUAUGCACAGCAUGGACUUGUUGAAAAGGCUAUAGAAACUUUCAAGCAAAUGCAGUUGGCAGGAGUAAAACCGAAUUCCACAACCUUCGUCAGUAUUCUCCCAGCCUGUGCCAAAAUGGGAGAUUUGGAACAGGGUAUGGAUAUCCAUCAAUGCAUAAAGGAUAGUGGAAUUUCCACAAAUGUUGUGGUUGCAACUGCUCUGUUAGACAUGUAUGCAAAAUUUGGAAACAUGGAUAAGGCGUUUGAAUUGUUUGAAAAAAUGCCUCAAAGAAAUGUGGUCUCAUGGACUGCAAUGAUUGUAGGAUAUGCACAAAACGGAUUUGUUGAAAAGGCUUUAGAAACUUUCAAGCAAAUGCAAUUGGCAGGUAUAAAGCCAGACUCCACAACCUUUGCCAGUGUCCUCCCUGCCUGUGCGAAAAUGGGAGCUUUGGAACAGGGUAUAGACAUCCAUCAAAGCAUAAUGGAAGGGGGAUUUUUGUCAGAUAUUCUAGUUGGAAAUGCUCUGGUAGACAUGUAUGCAAAAUGUGGAAGCAUAAAUAAGGCAUGUGAACUGUUUGAUAGAAUGCCCCAAAAAGAUGCCAUCUCAUGGAAUGCAAUGAUUGCUGGAUACGCACAAAAUGGAUUUUUUGAAAAGGCUUUAGAAACUUACAAGCAAAUGCAGUUGGGAGGUGUAAAGCCAGAUUCCGCAACCUUUGCCAGCAUCCUUCCUGCCUGUGCCAAAAUGGGAGCUUUGGAACAGGGUAUGGACAUCCACCAAAGUAUUAUGGAAGGUUUUUUUAAUUCGGAUAUUAGAGUUGGAAAUGCUCUGAUAGACAUGUACGCAAAGUGUGGAAGCAUAGAUAAGGCACGUGAACUGUUUGACAGAAUGCCCCAAAGAGAUGCCAUCUCAUGGAAUGCAAUUAUUGCAGGAUAUGCACAAAAUGGGUUUUGCAAGGAUGCUCUCAAUAUCUUUGAAUUAAUGAAACACUCUGGAACAUGUCCUGACACUGCAAGCUUUGCUUGUGUUCUGUGUGCAUGCAGCCAUGCAGGCUUAGUGGAUGAGGGCUGUACAUACUUCAAUCAAAUGGGUAACCCUUAUUGCAUUACACCUACGGUUGAUCAUUAUGUGUGCAUGGUUGACCUUCUUGCCCGUGCUGGCUAUCUUGAAGAAACCCUAAACUUCAUCAUUAAGAUGCCAAUUAAACCUGUGGCGGUUGUGUGGCUGUGUUUUCUUGGUGCCUGUAGAUCACAUAUGAAUAUAGUAUUAGGCGGAUAUACAGCAACGUUGCUUUUUGAUUUGGAUCCCAAAAAUACUGCGACUUAUGUUCUUCUCUCAAAUAUCUAUGGAGAAAUGGGCAGGUGGGGUGAGGUUCAAAUGGUAAGGAGAUUGAUGAAAGAUAGAGGAAUCAAUAAGAUCCCUGGUUGUAGCUGGAUUGAAAACCAUAAAAUGGUACAUGCUUUUUAUGUAGGAGACAGAUCACAUCCACAGGCACAGGAGAUCUAAGCAAAGUUGGGAAUUGCAUUUGGUUUGUUAAACAUGCCCUCUGGAACAAAUUAGUAGAGUUGUUAAGAUCCUUUGAAUAUAUGCCACACUGCAACAAAUUUAUCUCCAAGACUGUUCCAGAGAUUGUUGUGAAAGAUGUGAACUGUUGCAAGAGAUUGUUUUUGCAGAGAUUAUUGGUGAUGCUAAAUGGACCAGUCUGAAAAGGAGGCUUGCAUGAUAAUAAUGCGCACUGUGGCAGACGUCAAGCAAUAAUCAAUAGGAAAUUUACAUAUCUAUAUAUGAAAUGGAAAGCUGGAGGAGGAGGUGAACGGGAAAAGAUCAAAGAAUGCAGGGUAUCAAAACUGUCACAACUGGGACAGAUUUGGAAGGUGAUCGGAAGCAUGGAGUGGAUGGACUCAUGAUUGAUUGGUAUGAGUUUGUAAGGAUGUGAUGAAAGUUUUUUUGAUUAUUGAAGGUUAUUUAUUGAAUGUUUAAGUUUAUGGAAUGUAAAGGUUGUAAGUAUCUUUGAUAAGAUUGAGGAGCCUAUCAUAUUUGUUAUUGAUUCAAUGAUAAGGUGUAUUGUUACAUGAGAAAUGCCUCUAA